UUCCAACUCUCAAUUACAAACAUUUUUAUUCUCUUCUCUUCUCUACAUUUUCUCCCUAUAAGUUGUUUCUGAGUUAAGUAGAAAUCAUCUACGAAGAAAAUUAAAGCAAUGGAAUUCACCAGUUUAGUUGAUACUUCAUUGGAUCUGAAUUAUAGACCUCUUCGAGUUCCUGAUGAAGUACCGAAACAAGAAGUUGAGAGUAAUUUCAUUGGGCUUGGAAGAGAUCUCAAGCCAAUCAAGGAUGAGGCUGGUGAUUUAUUAGAGGAACUAAAUCGAGUUAGUGCUGAAAACAAGAAACUGACGGAGAUGCUAACAGUUAUGUGCCAGAAUUACAAUACACUGAGGAACCAGUUGACGGAGUAUAUGAGCAAGCAGAAUAGUGGUGGUGAUGAUGCUAGCGCUGGAUCAAAAAAGAGAAAAAGUGAAAGCACAUCCAGCCCUAACCAUAACAAUAAUGAAACUAUGAAAUCAGUUCAAGCACUACACUCAGAGAGCAGCUCAAGUGAUGAAGAUUCAUCUCCAAAGAAACCAAGAGAAGAACACAUCAAAACUAAUACUUCUAGAGUUUAUGUGAGAACUGAAGCAUCUGAUACUUCUCUUAUAGUGAAGGAUGGAUAUCAGUGGAGGAAAUAUGGUCAGAAAGUAACAAGAGACAACCCCUCUCCAAGAGCUUAUUUCAAGUGCUCUUAUGCUCCUACCUGCCCCGUCAAAAAGAAGGUGCAAAGAAGUGUAGAAGAUCAAUCGAUUCUAGUAGCAACAUAUGAAGGAGAACACAACCAUUCUAAAAUGGAUGCUGCAGGCCCCGUUACAACUUCCCCAUCUAGCCGUUUAAACGCAAAAGGUACUAUUGGGAAUACUACUUCAAUGCCAUGCUCCACGACUCUCAUCAACAACUCAGGACCAACCCUAACUCUUGAUCUGGCAGAACCAAAAGCAUUACAAAAUGACCAAAAGAAAGUGAAUAGUACUACAAGUACUAGUACCCCAAUUGGUCAUAAGCGCAAAUCACCUGGAAGUGAUCAUCAUCAAAAUAGACCAGAGUUUCAACAUUUCUUGAUAGAACAAAUGGCUUCUUCAUUGACCAAAGAUCCAAGUUUUCAAGCAGCCUUAGCUGCCGCCAUUUCGGGAAAAUUCUUACAAAAUAAUCAGACGGAUAAAUAAACCAAACUAUAUUAUAAAUGAGUUGUUCAAUGUUUUUCAAGUUGAUACAUUGAAAAGUUCCAGAGAAAGACAGCCACCCCGCAUCCACUAGGAUAUGUUGUAGUAAAAUGUAAAUACUGUUAUUGUAUUUUUAAGAAUAGUAGGUUGGACUUGGAAGUGCACGUGGAAUGGGAUAUUGAUGGAUGGGCUAAUUUUCCAUGGCAGCCUAAAUUGGUUAGGUCUCAAUUUGCGCUUGUUGAGUCUCGCAAAAUCGAGACUUUGGUGCCCUUAAUUGUUGAAUUUGGUUGAAAUUUGCUGAAAUAAGAUUUAAAAAUAGAUUUCUGGUC